AUGGUCCUGCAGCAACAAUACAGGGAAAGAAACUUUGCUAGAUUCUCUGAAUUAAUCACCAUCCUGUUGCUCGCUGAAAAGAACAACAACCUACUUUUGAGGAAUGAUCAAGCAAGGCCCACCGGUACUAGAGCAAUUCCUUUGCCUGAAGCAAAUAUUAUUGCCCAUCACGAAAAUAAUCGUGGAAGGAGGAACCGGGGCCGUGGAAGGGGAAGAAGGUCUGAACGUCCAAGGCAUGGACGAAGAAAUGGACCCAGAAAUGGCCCAUAUGACCGCGACCACCCAGGCAAUGGCCCAAGGGGUCGAGGAGGACGUGGACAAGGCCCACGUGGUGGAAACCGAAAUGCCCAAGUCCGACAGGCUCAAAUUAGAGAGAACCCUGGUCCGGCCCGUCGCCCUCAAAAUCAGCAUAAUCUAUGUUAUAGAUGUGGAGGCACUGACCAUUGGUCCCGCACCUGUCGUGCAACAGAUGAAGAGAUAGGAGAGUAUCACGCCAGACGCGGAACUCAAGAGGCCAACCUUGUGGAAGAGUCAGUCCCUAUGGAUACCACCUUGGAGAUUACUGAUUUCCAAGCAGCUAUGGAUACCACCUUGGAGAUUACUAAUUUCCCUAUGGAUACCACCUUGGAAAUUACUGAUUUCCAAGCAGCUAAUGGAUACAUCGAGGAUUGA